UCAUGAAAUUCGUCUGUGUUCUGUCACAAGUUUUAACCUUAACGCAGGCAAUCCUGAAAGAAGACUAUCUUUAUAAUAGAAAGCUCAAUUUUAACGUACAAACAAUAGUGUCGAUAUUGAAUGAGUAUUACGUAAACAAUCACUUACCAACCCAAAUAAGCUAUUCAGUGUCAGAUGCUAAGUUAGUUUACAAGCAGAAUGAUUUAAUAAACAGUGUGCUCAAAUAUGCAAGCGAGAAUUCAAACAUAUUAUUCCACUUGGCACAUUUCAAGCAACGUACAACAUUUUUCUAUAACCUCAUAUUCAUUGAUGAUCUCUGUGCGUUCCGAAGUGUGCUUUUAUUGCUAAAUAGUGGAAUAUACAACUUUUCCGGCCUCUAUACGGUAGUCAUCACUGGUUUAUUCGAUGAAGCACUAAUACAAGAAAUUUUAGCAAAGUUGUGGUCCAUAAAAAUUACAAAUGCAAUCAUUUUAACAAUAAGCCACUCUGACGUUCAUGAAACAAUCGCAAUGUACACAUAUUUUCCAUUUGAAAAGAACAAUUGCGGCCAGGUGAAUCCAGUUUUAUUAACAAAUUUAAAGUCACACAAUGAUUUUAACAAAAAUGACAUUUUAUUUCCAAAUAAAUGGGAAAAUUUACACAACUGUACUUUAAAAGCUGGCACGUUCGAAAUUAAACCCUUCAUAAUCAUGGAUUAUUCAAACGGAGAUUUUGAACGCAAUAUUGACGGUUUUGAGGCAAAACUCAUAGAAAUAGUUCAACGUAAGCUUAAUUUCCAAAUCCAAUAUCAUUUUCCGGCGAUUGGAACACAAUGGGGUUUUAUUGGAGAAAACAAUAGCACUGGUCUAAUGAAAAUGAUCCAAUCUGGACAAGUCGACUUUGGAAUUGCAAGCAUCGCAUUAACGGCAGAUCGUAGUGAGUUUCUUCAAGCAGGGUCAGCUCAUUACACUUCCAAAAUUGUAUUUGCUAUUCCUGAUGGACGAUUGUACACUCCUCUUGAGAAACUAUUCCGACCGUUUAAAACGUCCAUGUGGUAUGCUGUCGUAUUUUGCUUGACAUCAGUUGCUUGUUCGGUAGUUGCAUUUUACCGACUUGGAUCUCAUCGAUUACUUAACCUUAAUGAAUCCAGAUCUCCUGUCAUGAACAUUUUCAGCGUAUUUUUUGGUGGGCCAAGUUCACAAGUUCCAGAACAAAAUUGUGCCCGUAUGGUGCUCUUUUCAUGGAUAUACUACUGCUUUAUCAUUCGCACUGUCUACCAAAGCUUAUUAUUUCAAUAUUUACAACAAGAACAAAGAUGGCCUGAAGUAGAAACCAUAGAAGAUAUUGAAAGAGAAGGAUUAACAUAUUAUAUGGCGGAUAUAGCACAAAGAUUCUUCAUCAACGCGCCACAUGUUCUCGAAAGAACUCAAAUUUUACCACAUGAAUCCGACUAUUUAAGUAAGGCACUAGAGCGAUUAGCACGAAAUGAAAUCUACGGAGUUGUUUGUGUUAUACUCAAUAAUAUUGCUUAUCACAACAAAUUUAAAGCUCAUAUAGGCGUCAUUCAUGCAAUGACUAACCCCAUCCUGACGUAUUCUAUUGCUAUGCACUAUCCCAAAAAUUCUCCGUUGGCAGAACAUUUUGAUAAGAUAAUUAACAAACUUCAGCCAAGUGGAAUUGCAGACUAUUGGGCAAACAACUAUGGAAAUAAUGCAUUCCUUCAUCAAAUCAAGCAAACUUACAACGUUCCUAAACCUUUAACCAAUGCUCAAUUGAUAGGAUUGUACAAAGUAUCUACGCUUCUUCUAAGUAUUGCAAUUAUUGUUUUCUUGUGUGAACUAUUCACAUUUUGGAUUUCAUCAAUGCAUUAAAAUUAAAAAAAUAAUAAUUCAGGAUAUAGACACCAAAAAACACACA